AAAUCACAUUUAGUGCAUUGUAAACGUUCGUCUCCAGAGGUUCAAGUUGCUAAGCAUGUUCCAGCUGAACGCUCUGUUUUUUUACGCAACUAUUGCAAUAGUUCUUAAUGCAAUCCCGUCAGGAUCCGAGGACCCUAGUCGCUUUGUGUGCCGAUUGCAGGAUCCUCCCAAUCAAUGCGGUGAAUUCUGCCUCACAGCACUGAUGCCACUGAUCGAUCACAUCGCCAAGCACCAGGAGCAGUGGAAAACCUGCAACCUUGACAAUGGCUUAACCAAGGCUAAGUUGGAGGAAAUACAGGGCCGUCAGACGGAUAUUCGGAAACAGAUUGAAAGCCAGGAGCCAUCGCUUACGAAAUCGUGGAAGAAGAUUAUUUCGGAGGAUAUCGGGGACAGGAUCAAUAGGAUGGAAAGCAAACAACUCAAGAUGGAAGGUCUACUAUCUGGCAUACAGGAAGCAGUGACUAGUAUAAAAAAUGAUAUUAGGCGAUGGAGAAUUUCACAAAAAUUCAAGCUAAUCGGUUCGAAAUAUUUGUACAUCGAAAACGACUUUAAAGCAAACUGGACCACUGCUUUAAGCGCAUGUAAGCAAAUGGGCGGUAAUCUUGCCUCAAUAUCAGAUGGAGACGACUUUAAUGCUAUCGUUUCGAAACUGAACCAAAAUGAAAGCUAUAAGAUUGGCAUUAACGAUCUGGCGGAAAAGUACGUUUUCAUAUCUGUGUCCUCCGGAAAGAAAGCACCUUUUCUGAAAUGGAAACCGGGGGAGCCCAGAUACAACCAUGAAGAUCAGCGUUGCGUUACCAUACAUAACGGUGGCAUGUGGGUUGAUGGUUGCACUGCUUUUCACAAGUUCAUUUGCGAGGCAGAUGAUAAUACAUUAUAAACACAAACAUAUAAGUCGUUGUAAUGCUUAUAUAAUUAUAUAUAUAUUUAUGCAUACGAUUGUGAUGCUAUGACUUGCAAUGUGAAAAAAUACAAAAAGAUAUCCAUUUUGUACAGAUAA